GAGUUUUAUUGUGUUCAAAGUCGCAAGGCCUAUGUUUUCUGCUCGGUUAGGUGUUCAACAAAGUUAUAAGUUAAUUGGAUUCAUUUAAGCAUAAGGAUAAUCUAGGAGCUUUUGUUUUUGUGGGUCACUGUAUUGAAGGACAGAGUAUGUUGAUGGACAGUGUCCUUGUUUUGUUCUUGGACAUUGCUUAAAUCUAUGAAGACUUUAUGAUGAAUGUUUCGGAGUGAUUUAUUAUUACCACAUCUCUACUGUACUUAAAAUAAACCAUAUAUAGAGAACAUGCCGCAGAUAUGGUGCAGUUUAAAUAUUUAACGCUUGACUGUAACUAAAUUAUGUACUACACUUAGAAUCGCGUGUGGCUAUGUAUGAUCUACCGUAAAACAAUUGGAAUACUUUAUGUUGAAUAUUUUACACUUUAUAAACUCGUUCUAGGACUUUUAGACAAUUUUAAUUUGUUAAGAAAUUUCUAUGACAACAACGAUUGAAGAUAAUACUAAUUCUAACGUCAUGCCUUCAAAAGACGAAGAUUCAAGUGGGAACUCAGUAGGAAGCCCUGACACAGGUAACAACAGCCUAAAUAACGGAACAAAGAAACCACGCACCAAAAGAGGUCACAGUGGAGUUAAUCAAUUAGGUGGUGUAUUUGUGAACGGGAGACCACUUCCUGAUUCAACACGGCAACGAAUUGUUGAACUUGCCCACAGCGGCGCUAGACCAUGUGACAUUUCUAGAAUACUUCAAGUAUCGAAUGGUUGCGUAAGCAAAAUUCUCGGACGUUACUAUGAAACUGGGUCAAUUCGACCUCGAGCCAUUGGUGGAAGUAAACCAAGAGUUGCUACUAAUGACGUAGUUACAAAAAUUGCUCAAUAUAAACGCGAGUGUCCAUCAAUAUUUGCCUGGGAAAUAAGAGAUCGCCUAUUAUCAGAAGGAUGUUGUAAUCAAGAAACUAUUCCAAGUGUUUCAUCUAUAAAUCGGGUACUUCGCAAUCUGGCUACUGAAAAUCAGAAAUUUAUGGGACAAAGCGCUAUGUAUGACAAAUUAGGACUUAUAAAUGGACAAGCAUGGCAUCGGCCAAAUCCAUGGUACGCAUCAAAUAUGCAUGGUAUGCCUGGAAUUCAUACGCCAUCAGUGUAUCCAUCCCAUCAGAGUGCACCCAGUCUCACGGAAAAGAAAAAUAUCGAUGGCGUCCAUUCGAGUUCAGAAAGCAAUAAUAGCGAGGGACAGAAUGGAGAAGCCGAUGAACAAUUACGCAUGCGUCUUAAAAGAAAACUGCAACGCAACAGAACGUCUUUUACAGCCACGCAAAUUGAAGCUUUGGAAAAAGAAUUUGAAAGAACACAUUAUCCAGAUGUUUUUGCAAGAGAAAGAUUAGCACAGAAAAUAGAUUUACCAGAAGCACGGAUACAGGUUUGGUUUUCAAACAGAAGAGCGAAAUGGCGUCGAGAGGAAAAACUACGCAAUCAAAGACGGGAUAUUCCAAAUGGAGCACCCAGAUUACAAGUGAAUGGUGGUUUUCCGAAUGGAAUGUAUCCAUCUAUACACCAACCUAUAGGAACAAUGUCAGAUUCUUACAGCUCAAUGACAAUGCCCACCGCCAGUUAUUCGCUAUCCAAUAAUCUCUCAGCAAAUCCAGCCUGCCUACAGUCCAGUAACGCAUCAUCGUACUCAUGUAUGAUUCCAGAAUACUCAUCACGAGGCUACGAUCCUUUGUCUUUAAGUUACUCCCGUCCAUCAUGCAAUCCAGCUUCCGGUAUGCAAAGCCAAUUAACGCAUAGUUCCCAUAAUGGUGCAUCAACGGGUUUAAUUUCACCGGGUGUGUCCGUUCCGAUACAAGUACCUGGCGGUGGACAUCCAGAUAUGGGGUCACAUAUGGGCGCAAUGACGUCACAAUAUUGGCCUAGAUUGCAAUGACGGUGACAACCGUAGACAUUCUGAUUUACCCAUUAGGAAAUCCAGUUUAGACGGUCAAUGACUGCAUAGUUUCUCCAGUACUGAUUUGGAACUCAUAGGGGAAUGUGAAUUAAAAAAGGGAGAUAACUGAGAAAACGUUUUGUUCCUGGUAUUUAUUGUGCAAGUCGGAUACUAAAGACAUUUAUUUACGACAGAUAUGGUUAAAUAUAAACCUUUCAUUGCCAGUUCUAGUGCUCAGGAAAUAAAAACUCAAAUAAACAUUCAGCGCUACUAGUGCUCCAACAUAUGCUAUUUGUGCAGCACAUGCUAUAUGUAGUUCACAAACAUUUCGUAGCAUCACUCAUCACAUGACAGUCACAUGACAGUCACAUGAUAUGAAAUCCAGUAUGUUAUCUGUUAUUUGUAAAUGGUUAAUGUUAAUUUUUACUUCGCUUUUAAUUGUUGUUAUUGGUUGUUAUAAUGUAUAUCAUUUUUCUUACAUUGUAAAUUGCUUUUGGGGCAUUUAUUUUUUAGCCUGACAUCUCAAUUUUUUAGUCAUAAUUAACUGGUCAGUAGAACUUUCGACAGAUGAAUAAUCACUAUAAAAAGUAUUGUUUUUAAAACAUCUGUUUGUAACAGCAGAUGACAUAUCAAAGGUUGUUAUGAAUAAGACGAUAUUACGUAAGAUUUUUUUUUUCUUUUUAUCUCACAAGAUGUGUCGUUGGUUAUACACAUUUAAUUAUAUUAUAAUAUUAAAACUAUAGCAAUGGCAUGUUAAUUGUAAGUAAAACAUUUCUGUGAAGACUACAGCAAUACAAACAGAAAAGAAAGUACAUUACACUCUCAUUGGAUCUUUGGAUGCACUCUUUGUACGUGGAUAGUUUUCACCAACGUUAUGUAAGGUGUAUGAAUGUUGUGUAUCAAUAAUUUGAAGAUCUCAACCUAUUUACCUCGCCUAGUAUUUUAGUGUUCAUCCGCACAAUUUUUCUUUGCAUUACAUGUCAUAAAGUUGAGUAAAUAAAUAAAUAAAUAUUGAUAACCUU